GCGUCUGUGUACCGCCGCCAUGGUGACACGACGCGAGCCGCGCAGCCGGGGUUGCGGAGAGCAGGUUCGGGAAUAGCUCGUGGCGCACCGUCGCUGGUGGGGAGGCUGCUCUGCAGGAUUUGCUCCUCACAGUGUGUAUUAACCAGUAAUGAAAGGGUGGUGAGUGCUGUUUUACAAUGCAACACCACUGUCCAGGAGCGGGAUUUAGGAAGGAUUACAGACCCUCCUUAGAGGAGUUGCAAAACACCAUCCAAAGGUCUGAUCUACACUGCAGCAGAAAAUACGGAAUGAAUUCUUCAUAUCUGAAUCAUAUUUUUCCACUCUUUCCUUUCUACAUGUUUGUAACAUGAAUAAUAGCUUAUCUCAAAGAGUAUUAAUCCAGCCACAUGAUCAUCAUACUAAUUUAAAAGGACCAUCUUUAAGUGAAAGCAACUGGCAUCCAAGUCUGCAUGACUCUCAGGAGUCUGAUUCUGAAAGCCUUACUCAAGAGAUACAAUAUCAGUUAGAACUUCAAAAAUGGAUUUGUGAAAAUGAAGUACUGGUAGGCCAGUCUUCUGAUGAGCUGGAGAAUGACAGCUUAGAUGAAGAUAGUCUGGAGGAGAAAAGUCUGAAUGAAUCAGAAGGAGCAAAUUAUGACAAAGUACAGUUUUCAAAUGGAAAAGAUUAUGGAAAACAGAACCAUAAUAAUGAAAGCAAGCAGCAACCUACAGACAGAUACUGUAACCUAAGAUACAAUCCCAACUGGAAGAGCAAUAAAGAGGAACCAAAAUUUUCUGAAGUGAAUAGAAGACACCGCGUUGCUGAGAAAAUCCCACAGGGCUCCUCUCAGGACUCAUUUUACUUCCCUUCCAAGCACAUCUUAGAGGAGAAUAACCAGCUGGUAGAAAGACAGAAUGUAUCUUCUGCAUUUGAUACAGAAUUGUUAAGCCUUGAUGAUCAACCUGUUGGGAUAAGCAGUGCACCUUUUAGAUUGCAUACAAAAGGAGACCUAUCAGCAGAUGAUUGUCAAUACAAACACAGUUCCAGUACAUACAGUGAUGUUUUUUCUCCUCGAUCUGUAGAAGUUCAGCAACAGAGAGCAAAAAAAGACUUUGUGGAAAAAAAUAAACUUACUUUGGGAUUAGCUACACAGAAACAGGAUUCUUAUCUUCAUUGGCACAGUAGAAAGCGAGAGGAAGUUCAUCAAGGGCAGGUUUCAGAUGUUAAAACUGCUGAUGAGAGGCUUAUUCAGAAUGCCAUUGACUUUCACAGCAUGGAUCCUGAAGACAAAUGGCUCCAGAGGUCACACCAACUAAAGGAUCACCAAAAUAAACAGCCACAGGCAGACAGAACAAAAUUAAAUCGAGUGCUAAGAGAGAGAUCUUUACCAGCAAAUGAUGUCCAGCAUCCACCAGGAAGACUAGCAGAACCAAGACCUCAGCAUCACACACAUCGCAAUGUUUCAGAAUUUGAGAACUUUCAUAUGGAUUCCAACUCUUCUGAAGUGCUAGAACUUGAACAAGAUGACAAUAGUUCACUGCAUAGUUGGUUACAAACAAAUCCUUUUGUUGGUCCAAUGACUCCUUUCAUUAAGACUAGUUCAGCAGCAGAUUGGGGGACACACUCAAAUACUUCACAAAAUAAUUCAGAUUUGGUAAAUUGGAAUCAGAAGCAAAUCUCCACGAACUUGGCUUUAUCUAGGCACCAUCUUGAACUAACAAUGCAUAAAAACCCUACUGGGUUGAAUUUAUCUUCAGCAUAUACUAGUGAAGAAAACAAGAAAUAUCAGCACAACCCCGGAAACAGACCGCCGUAUAAUCAGCAACAUUUGCAGAAUAGUUAUGUUUUGGAGCCUCUUCCACCUGAUGGGUAUGCCAAGGGUCACGUGCUCCUAAACCAGAAAAGCAUCGCAUCUACUUACAGUGCUAAUUUUCAAGAAUCAGUAAAAGACCAAGUUUCAACUCCGAAUCAUAGAAAGCAAUUUUAUAUAGACAAGAGCCAUCACAACAACUAUGCUGCCAAUAGCUUGUGGCCAUCCCAGUCGUCUGCUCAGAAGCCGCUAGCAGGCCCUUCUCCAACCACACAACUUAUACAGACAAUGGAACAACAUCAUCAAGAAAUCUCUCAACUGGAAGACACUCACCUUGCCGAAAGGCAGUUCUCUGGCUUGUUUCCACCUGUAAUCCCAAGGGUAGAAAGUGACUCGGAAAUUAACACAGAAAGAAGUGAAGGAAGCCAAGUGAAAAUUAGUCGCAGCAACUCAGAAGGGUACCUGCUACAAAUGGAAAAGCAAAAACAGCUGAAAGAAAAAGGGACUAGGAAGUCUUCUAGGCCAAGAAACUACAUGAAUCUGGAUGUGAAGCUCGGAGGCCUUGGACCCGACUAUGAAGCAGUCAGAGAGAAAAUAGAAAAGUUAAAUAAGCAAAAGGAAUAUGCAAAGCAAGUUAAGGAGCACAACAUGAAGAAUGUUGCUACUGUGCAGAAACCACCAGCAAAACCUCAGAUCAAGUCAUCAUUAUCAAGACAUAAGGCUCUGGAAUAUGCUAAGAAGAUUCCUAAACCAAAACCUUUCUCAGCAAAACAAUCAGAUGAAGAACCAAAAGAGGAAAGAACUCUAGCACAUAGUUUAAAAGCACAGAAUUUACCUCAGAUUUCUUCACUGAAAAGUCUGCAAAACAGACAUGAAAUAGAGAAGCAAGUUGUGGCUGCUUUCAAAACCCUUCACAUUUUAUAAUAAAUUUGAAAUUAUUAGGGAGCUGUAGAGGGUAGACAAUAUCUGAACUGUUUAUGUGGUGCAUUAAAUUACUUAUGUUUCCCAGAUACAGUAUUUUAGGACUCCACUACUUAAAUAAGAGCCUCUACCAUCAAAAACAUUGAUUUCAAAAGGUGAAAUAUUUUCAGAUCAAUUGCCCAUAUUUUAGUCCAAUAUUAUUAUAGCCAAAUUAUUUUUUUAAAUGUAAUCUUUAUUUUAGAAUUGUGCUUCUUUUUAUUCCAUUCUUUCCUUCCUUGGAAUAUCCUGAUUAAGCUGCUGCUUCUUUCUGAGCAGUUUAUCCAGAAAGAGUAGGGAGUGAAUUUAGGUGCCUGCAGGGUUCAGCAGGAGUUUUGUGAAUUGUAGUGGAACCUAAACCUGGGACUUUGAUGCCUAAACAUGUGUGAAUCUAGAUCUGUGUGUCCUAUUAGUCUUUCCCAAAAUGCUCAUUCUUUUUAUGCUGUGAAAUAAACCUACAGCUACUUACAAAAACAUUUUUUAUAUUUUACAUAAUGAACUUUUAAAAGUAUUUCCAUCAAAUCUAAAAACAGUCUCAGUGACUCUGUGUGUGUGUGUAUCUAUCGUAAUUGCUUUUCUCUUAAUAUAACUUGAACUGAAAUGAAAACAGGAACAUUUCCAUGAUGCUCACUGAGCCAUUGACCCAAGAGACAUGAAUUAAUGAUAAAAUAUUUUAGCUAUGGCCCAGGUUUCCAUGACUGGGGGUCGACAGGCGUUAGAGGGUUAACAGCAGUAUUUGGUUAAAGAGUACCUUAUGUGUAUAUGGUACGUCGAAACACAUAAGCCUUAGACCCUGCUCCAAAGCAGCUUCCAGCUGGUUUUAGUAGACAGACAAGUACGAUACAAUGGUAAAAUAAGAGACACCCAAGAGGGCAGAGGAAGAUCUGCACAGGAGGCUUCACUUACAGAGAAGGAAGAGAGAGCAGUUGGCCUUGAUACAUCAGCAGUUGGAUCCAAAGCCCCCCUGAACUCAAUGGAAACACUCUCUCUGCCUUCUAUGGGCUUUCAGUCAUGGCCCAGGAAGGGGAAGCCGUUCCAAAUAUAGCGGUGGCACGAAUACAGCCAUAAAGCUGAGAGUGGGAGAAGGUGACAAAGGAAACAACUGAGAGGAUUUGUAGGAGCACAGAGUGAGUAGCAGGAAAGAGAGCUGAGAUGUAGAGCAAGGCAAAAUUGUGAAGACUUUUGAAGGUGAGGACAGAGAGCUUGAACUGGAUGCGAUAAAAGAAAAGAAGCCAGAUUCAGCAUCGUCCCAUGGCCAGGGCACUGGACUAGGGUUGGUUACUUGAUUUCUGUUUCCAGUUCUGCCCUGGACCUGCUGUGUGAUCUUGAACAAGUCACUUCACCUCUCUAUACAUGGGUACAGCCCCUGCUUCCCCCACCCCAAUCCCCUGGGUAUGUAUUCAGAUAGCUAGCCCAAGCUGCUGCGUGUUCCCAGCUAUCCUGCUAUUUUUAGUGCACUAGCUCAAGCAAAGCUAGACUGUGCCUGUCUUGUUUGAGCUGGGAAGCACAGUCCCAGCUGCAGUGUAUAUAUACCCAAAAUAUAUGUACAGUGCCUAGCACAGUGGGGUCUGAUCUCUUUGGAGUCCUUAUAUGCUACAUAAUAAAAAUAAACUAGUUAAGAGCUAUAAGGAGGGAAAGAUGUGGUCAGAAUGAUGGAAAAGGAAACUGUUAUCAGUUCCUGUAAGGAAAAGACAGAAUUCUGAACCAGUCCCAGCAGUUAAGCCAGAGCUGAUUCUUACAUGUUUUAUAUAAUGUAAUAAUCUCUCAUUUUUAGACAGACAAUCUUACAGGUUUGGGACCUUAACAAGUUUUUAAUUUAAAUACUUGUACCAGUUUACUUUUAAAUUAAAUCUGGCACAUCUUAAAUUAAAAAAAAAAAAGGGGGGGGGGAGACAUCAACCUCAUUGUAUUACCUUAACAUCUACAACAUUUUCUCUUUCUUUAAAACAAAGAGGAAGCUGUUGGCAGGUUAUCCAGGAACGAAGCCAAACUAAAAUACUCCCAAUAAUGAAGAAAGUAAAACAUGAACCAAACACAGGCCAUCAAUAGGGAUACAAUAAUUAAUUAUGCAAUUGUUGCUUCAUUAUUGGUUAAUGAUUCAUUGUCACAACAUCACAGCAAGCCCAAGAGUUUAGAGCCUCAUUUAGGGCAAGAAAAUGCAGACAAGUAAUGGCUCUUCAGCUAGACAAUCUGUUAUUAGAUAGGAGUAGGUUGAAGAUUCACUGAGAAACUGAGCAGAACACUGAGGAUAAUCAAGAACUACACUUUUGAUAGGAAACAGCCUUUAACAGAUUAAGUGUAAGAUAAUAAACAGA